AUGGGAAAAGACGAGGAGAUCGACGCGGAACGAAAAGCCUGGGAGAGCGAAGAGGCCUGGCAACUGCGAAGGGCCUUCUUAAGGGCUCACUUUGACGAUUUUCCGAGGUUUUUUUUUCUUUAAAAAAGUUGUAGUUUAUUCGCCGUUCUCUAAGACAAAACUGAGCGAAAAAUGAGGUUUUUCGGGGUUUUUCAUCUUUUUCUGAACUUAUUUCAAUUAAAAUCGACGGAGAUUCGACUUUUUUGAUUUUAUCGUUUACACAGCGAUUUUUCCGGCUUAUUUUCAGGAGUUUCUAUGCUUGUGGGAAACGUAUUUUUUAGAGAAAUGGGAACUUAUGAGAAAAAAAUAUGUCAAAAUUAUCAGAAAGUUGAAUUUUUGCUAAUUUCCAUUUCUUAAAAAUCUGUUAAUGAGUGUUUAUUAAGGAAGUUUCAUUGUCAUUUCCUUUAAAAAAAAUUCCAAUUUUUCUGUAAGAAACUUGUUCAGCAACCGACUCCGAUGUUUGUCGCAGCUUUUCGUGAACAUCCACGUGCUCGGCUGCGAGUACAGCCCCUCAUUGAUGGAGAGCAUCCGGGAACUCGGCGCUGGGAUCUCUGCCGACGUUAAAGUCCAUUUUUCAUAAUUUCUUAUUCUUUUACGACUCUGAACCGCUUGAGCACCAAGUCGAUCAAAGAAAGUCCUUUCCUGACAUCAGUGGCAGUCAGUGGACUCGCCCUAGUCACCUAUCCGUCCUUGUGACUUUCUUUGAAGUCGUGGUUUUCGCACUACCAAGCAGGCUUGAAAUUGUAGAAUAAGACCUGAAACGUCGUGGUCCCAUGCGGAAUAGCUUAACGCUUUGCGGCAUGUUGCUAGCCGCUCUGACAAUUUUAUAGUGCUUUCCGAAGCCAUCGCGCGAAAGUCGAUCCGGGUCGGACGCAUUUCAUAGCGACGGUUCUGCGGUCUGACCCUCAUUUUUUGGGAAAUCGUAUUGUAUGACCAAAGCUUGAAGCCUUUUGGUUUCUCAGCUCUUCUGCUGUUGUCACGUUUUUCUGACUUGACGAGAGAAGAAAGAGUAGAAAAGUCAGGUUUUUUGAUACUUUUGAAUCUUUCUCAGAAGUCCAGCGGAGCCUUCGUCCGUGCUUCCCAGGCCAAGAAACGGGUUCCUGUGAGCAACGCCGAUUUGAAUUCCGCGUCUAACAACAACAAUCAUCAUCCUGAACGGACGAUUUUGCAUGGGAAGCGGGUCAACGAGGAUUUUGGGUGAGAUUUAAGUUUUUUUUUUUAUUCAUUCGGUUUAGGUCUAAAAAGAAUGGAAUUUCUCAAAGUGUUUGAUUUUUUUGAAAUUUUCUCUAAGGUCUUAUUCCUCCAUGAACUCUAUAAUCUAUGUUUUCAACAAGUUAAACAAAUAUUUUAUUUGAGAAAUAAAAACGAGCCAGCGAUGCCAAUGGCCCCGCCAGCCAAAGUUCAAGUCCUCGACGACGACGCCAAAAUCAAGGAUUUCAAAGUUUUCUUGUCGCAGGUCCGUUGCGUCACAGGUUGUUGCGAUUCACGACCUUGUUCCAACGCUGUUUGAUAAUUUUCGCGCUAAUCGUUUCUGGUCGGGCGCUCUUCAGAGCAACCAUUUGAUAGCCCCACAUGCUCAUACAGCUCAUUGGCUUUCAAGUUAGGGUAUUUUGAAGACUUCGAACAGAGAAUGGAGAAUCGAACAGAGAAUCGAACAGACUAUGCUUCUUUGGACCGAAAUUAGUGAAUUAUCAUAGCUUGGAACAGUUUUAUUUCUCUGCGCUCUCCUCCCAUUUCCAUGUUUUCAUGAUCUCCCUCGUAGAAGAGAGAAGAGGGCACAGACAGAUCAAAAUAUUUUCUAAAAAUCUAACUUUUCGUUGAUUUUUAUUCCUUUUGAAGACCGGACAUCACCUGUCGGCUGUACAAAUGCUCAACGCGGCCGGUGGUCGACUUCGGAUUCCUUGGAGGACUGUCCGCAAAGGGAAUGAAGUGGCGAUUGAAGUGGAUCGUUUCGUUGCCUUUCAACACAAGUACACGUUUUUCACGAUUAGAAACAGUCUGACCUCUCUGCGCUCUCUUUUCCCUGGCCAGCGAGGUCGUAAAAGCAUAAAAAUAGCUCGUAAAAAGAGCGCAGAGAAGUCAGACUUCACCAAGUUCCGACAAUCGGACCAUUGCAUUAAGGAAAAGUUUUCAGAUUUUCCGAUGGAUGUACUGAAAUUGAAGAUUGCGCUCUGAACGCCGUUAUUGAGUCGUUUCUGUCUUGUGAACCGUCGGUCUCGGUUCGAGUUUUAAUUUUGAAUUAAAGCAGUCUUUCUAUUGGCCCUUUCCCCGCCAGAUUGUCACGACUUUUUUCUCCUCACACUUCUAUUCAAACGUCAAACGUCUAGUCGUCGCUCAAGCUCCGCCCCUAUAAGGGGGAUAAACCAAUCAGAGAGCGAACCAACCAUAGAGCCUUUUCGAAUGACUUCAUUGUACUUGAAAUUUGAAAUCUCUACGGAAUAUAUGCAAAUUUAUCAAAAAAUAAAUAAGAAUAUAUUAAACGCUGUGUGAAUUAUCGAGAGUCAACGAGAAAAAAAAUUACGACAUUUGAACUCGAAAAAAAAAGAGUUGGACCAAAAGUAAAUUUUUGUGGUUUUAUCAUUUUUUUUUCAUGAAGUUGAUUUCAUAUAUGCAACUUUCCGGCUCGUGUUUCAUCGAGAAAAUCGAAGUUUUCCAGGGAAAAGAGAUCCUUUUCGGAGAGAGUGGACCCUCGAAAUGCUACCUGAACUCGGUGAACAGAAGCUUCUCUAAAAUAAGAUCCUCUAUCGAGAAGGAGAAAACUUUCAAGGGCCUCACGAAAGUCCUCGAGGCGGUCAAUAUCACCGUGGCUCAGAGGACCAAACAUUUGCAGGUAAAAAAAGUCAAAAAUUCACUUUUUGCUUCCAAAAUUGAUUGAAAGCCAAAGAAGGGUGUCCUUUUUUAAUUUUUUUUUUCUUUCAAAAUGUUACAAUACCCGUGGUCUUAGGAGGUGUGGCUAAACGGCUGCGAUUUAAAGCGGGUCCGACUAAAAACGACUUGCGCCCUGGGGUAUUGGAAGGCAUGAAAACUUUUAGCCAUUAUAAGUGCUGCCAAGGCGCUUCAUAACGAUCGGAAGGAAAAACGUCGGUUGGUGAAAUAUCAUAAGGAAAGCACAUUUUUUUUCGACAUUUCUUGAAAAUUUCCUAAAGGAAUUUCGCUUGAAACAUUUUUAGUUAGACAGUUUUUUUGAGAUUCGAUUUUUAGUCUCUGAGACAUUUCCUGGGUCACAUUUACUUAACUAUCAAAUAAUUACUGCUUUAUAAAGGGUUAUAACUUAGCCAACAACUAAACUAAAAAUAAUCGUGAGUAAUCGAUAAUAUUCCCAGGGCUGGUCCCAGCAACUGGACGUUUGCGCCGGCGACGUCCUCCUCGCGACGCGGACCCUGUCCAAAGACGAGUGCACCCGACCCAAAAUGCUGGCCAUCGUCGACGGAAUCGCGUCGCGACUCUGCGCGGCCAUUGGCGCCAAUGGCGCUGCCGCCGUCGCCAACACUUCCGACAAGUUCCCCUACUCUCUCGUUUUGUCCACUUUGCUCUGA